AUGGGGGCACGGUCGCCGCGGCCCAGAGUGAGGCCUGCUGAGACGAGGCCGGGGCUUCUCGAUCUGCUCGAGGAAGGUUUCCACUCGGCAUUUUUCGGGUUUUUCUACAUCAACGAACUGCUGGACUUGCGCCUCGUCUGCAAGGCCUUCAGAGAAUGUCUGGGUGCCCGGGAAGCCGAGGCAGCGCUCCGCCAAAUGCGAGGCUUGGUUUUUCCCGCCCAGUGGCCCCCGCCACGGACGUACUCCCCGCAGUCUGUCUGGUCUUCGGGUCGCAUGCGCUCGAGUGCGCCAGAAACGCAGCUGCACACGUCCGCGAGUUCUGCGCCGCCAUGGUGUGAAUCUUCAACGCAGUCAGAGUCCGCGGCCGGAAGAGGUCGCCUCCCGGAGGGCUCGACGGGUGAUCUCUUUGCCCCCCUCGUGGUCGCCGCGGAAAGGAGGCGAGACUUCAAUGUGUUUCGGCUCCUCGUUUCGCUCGCGCCGCCGCUUUCUUCUCUUGUGGAGUUGUCUCUGUAUUGGGACCAAAGUGCCCACCCUGGCGACGUCCUGCUUCCGCUUUUCAACAAGCUUUUACUGGUCGCCGAGUCGAUACAGUCCCUUACGUACCAGUCGCGGACAGCGGCGUGGUCGGUGCCGCCGGCAACGCCCACGAUUUGCAAGGCUUUCCCCUCCGUCAAACGUCUGCGUGUCUGCCACAGUUUUCUGCGGCGCGCGGGGCCAGGCGACACGUUUUACGGAGACUUGGUCUUUCCGCCUGGCGCCUUCCAGCGCCGAGAGUAUUUCCAUCCGAACGAAAGAGAGCAGUUUGACAGGACGCGGCAGCCACGUCGGCAUCUGCUUUCCAACUGCGUCUUUCCCGCGUGCGAAGACGUCGAGUAUCACGAGUUGUGCGAAAACGAGCUCACUCGCGGCUACGACCUCGUGGCUUUCAUUCGAGACCGCGAAGUGCGCACGUUCGUCCACCUUUUCAGGGAGAUGACGCCGCGCGCCCGCACAGCAACUGUUACGCUUUGCUCCUUUCGGUCCCUUCCGUUCGUUCUGAAGGGCGUUCUGGAUUGCGCUCCCCGAGACAAAGCCGUCGAGUCCGCGUCUGGCGCGUUGCCUGAGGAGGAAGGAAGCCUCCCGGGGCAUUCUCUCGAGGCGCUGAGAGUGCUGCAGGCGCUCCCCGACAGAUUCGCGGACGACGUGGAUGCAGAGGAGACGGAGCUCGAAGAAGCGUUCCCCGAAGUCGUCGGGCGGCCGCACAGGGGUCGCGUGGAAGCCGCGAGAGUUCGUCCGGCGGCGCGCGUUCUCACGAAUCUGAGAACGGUGCGUUUGGUGGUUCAGGACGACGGCAUGAAGGAGAUCUUCGACGCCUUCAUCUUGCCGGUAGUGCGCCAUCUCUGCACGGGGGUGCGCGUCAUGUACGAAGGCACCGCGACACUGCCUCUCGAGCUCACUGGGCGCGCCAUGGGCCUUCCGCCGCCGCGCCCGGAGAGGUCGCUCCAUCCGUCGAGCUCCGGUCUGAGGCGCCGCAUGGAGCGCCUUCGCAGGAAGAGCAGGCCCGAGCAACGGGUCGACGGAAUGGCGCGCGUGACGCCUGAGCCGUCUCAAAACUUCCACGUCGAUGCGGACGGCGUCUCGCCUGAGGUAGUUGAGAUGUUGCGCCGCUGGAUAUCGGAGCCGGGGUGGAUGGACGUCGGCUUGUGGAACCCCAUUCGCGAGAGUCCUCCUCGCCUGCAGUUCAGGUACAGCGCGUGGCACGCGGAAGUCGUCGCUGUCUGCGCAGAGGCCUUACGGUCCUCCCGGGCGCCAGAUCCCGCCGAGCACGAGCCGGACGGCAGCGAACGCAGUCGGGAGUCAGAAGGAGCCGCAUGCGCCGGUAUAGCCAGCGGGGAGAAGCGCGAGACGGAGGCGGGCCCCGCCGCGGAGCCCUCGUCGAGCUGGUUGCCUCCAAGAAAAAAGCUCACGCAUCCCUUCGUCCUCCCCACCGUCACAGUGAAACACACUCUAUGGGCGUUUGACGGGCGGCCGUUCGAUGCCCUCAUCUCCGCUCUGCCGUCCUUCGUGCUUGCACUCGAUCCGUACAAUGUCACGCCGCAGUCACGACUCACGGGGCCGUUCCCGAACUUGCUAGGGCUUCAGGUUGCGCUGUGCAAAUGGGGCAAAAUCUGCCUCGCUAGGCAGCACAUCAGUCUAGCGAAAGCGCACGCAGCCCAGACGCGGUUCCUCCGCCUCCUAGACUCGAACCGCCUAGAGUACAAAUCAGUUGAGUCGGCUACAAAGGCUGCGGUGAAUGAGUUCCUCGGCGAACUUCUCGACGCCUGUCCGCGUGUCGAGGUCGUUGAGUAUCGCCGCGUCUCGCUCGAAUACACGUGGCAGAUGGAGACAGGCGUGUCGGGGGAUACACCCCCCUUUUCGCUAGAAAACCUGUACGCGAAAGGGUUUCGCGUCUUGCAAACGAGGCACAUCCCCUUCUCGGGCGGCGACCUCCUACCGAGCAGCUGCCACUCUUCGGUGAUCAUUAUGAUCUUUGUGCGGAAAAACGGAGGGCCUUCGUAG